CGUACCACCGUCUUCUGGUGUCGGUCCCACCGAUUCCUUACGCCGUUUCGCUGGCACACGUUUUUUCGUAAAUUCGUACGACAUCGUCUGUCGACGAUUUUAUCUUCCCUUAUUAUCGCACCCACCGCCGUAGUAUUAUUGUUUUUUUUAUUUUAAAUUAUUAUCGAUAUUAUUAUUCACGCCCGACGCUGGUAGUGUCUGCCAUUUGAAAUCAGUUUCAGAAGUUGCUGAAUGACAAAUAUAUUCUUUUAAUUGGAAGAUUCUGCAAAUGCAUCGAACCUAAUAGCAACAGGAAAACGACAACGGCGACGACAAUGUGACAGCGACCGUGUACAACUACUAACGUGACAACGAAGGUGGCGCAGUACACUAACCCGCCGGACACGACGCACUGCGGUUAACUGACUGAUCACGUGCUGCGGCGCCGAUGGACUACCCAAUAGCCAUGCACCUGACGACCAGCUGGACGUUGACGGAACCGCCAUCGGGCGCCGCCGGCGGAUACAACGGCACCGACUUGGGCCCGUACGGCAACGGCACCGACAGAGACGCGCUGUACUGCGACGACACGUCCGGACACGAGUCGUCGCUGUACCUGAUAUCCAAAAUCCUGUACGUGAUCGUGUGCGUGAUCGGGCUGGUGGGCAACACGCUGGUCAUAUACGUGGUGAUCCGGUUCUCCAAGAUGCAGACGGUGACCAACAUGUACAUCGUCAACCUGGCCAUCGCCGACGAGUGUUUCCUGAUCGGCAUACCGUUCCUGAUCGUCACCAUGUCCAUGGAGUUCUGGCCGUUCGGCAACGUCAUGUGCAAGGUGUACAUGACCACCACCAGCGUCAACCAGUUCACCAGCAGCAUAUUCCUGAUGAUCAUGAGCGCCGACCGGUACAUAGCCAUAUGCCAUCCGAUAUCGUCGUCGAAGGUGCGCACUGCGUACGUGUCGAAGAUCGUGUCGGUGACCGCGUGGACGUUCAGCAUCAUACUCAUGAUACCGGUCAUCAUGUACGCCAACACAAUGGACAAGGGCAACGUCAAGAGCUGCAACAUCAUAUGGCCGGAGAACGACCUGUUCAGCGGACAGACCGCGUUCACGCUCUACUCGUUCGUGCUCGGGUUCGCCAUUCCGCUCAUGCUCAUAUUCGUCUUCUACAUACUGGUCAUAAGGAAGCUGCAAACGGUAGGACCGGUGAACAAGUCGAAGGAGAAGAAGAAAUCGCACCGGAAGGUGACCAAGCUGGUGUUGACGGUGAUCACGGUGUACGUGCUGUGCUGGUUGCCGUAUUGGAUCACGCAGGUGGCGCUAAUAUUCACGCCGCCCAAACAGUGCCAGUCCAAGAUCGUCAUCACGAUAUUCCUGUUGGCCGGAUGCUUGAGCUACAGCAACAGCGCCAUGAACCCGAUCCUGUACGCGUUCCUCAGCGACAACUUCAAGAAGAGCUUCCUCAAGGCGUGCACGUGCGCGGCGGGCAAGGACGUGAACGCGGGCCUGCACCAGGAGAACAGCACGUUCCCGCGCCGGAACCGCGGCGGUUCGGAGCGCGGCGGCGGCCGGACCGGACGCGCAACCACCAUACUGUGCCAGGCGGUCAGCGGCGGCGUCGGCGGUGGCGGCGCGGGCGGUUGCUGCAAAGACGACGGCGGCGGGUGUUGCGGCGAAACGGGACCGCUCGUCGGCCGCGCCGAACUGGUCAGCAAAGAGAACACGUCCACCGCGCUCACCAUGACGUCCCGGUCCACGUGCAACGACAAUAACGUGCAACCCACCCAGUUGUAACGGCCGCCGCUACGGUCGGCCUGUAAUAUUAUUAUUUUUUACUCAUAAAUUUCUACGCACUAUAUUAUAUUAAAUAUUAUUAUAUAAAAUACCUAUAUACCUAUAUAUUAAAACGUGACGACCUAUUCCUUUUUAUACGCGAUACAUAUACGCAUAAUAAUAUAUUAUAAUAAUUAAAAAUAAUAAUAAUAGAUACAUAGAUAGAUAGAUCUAGACACUAGAUGACACUAUUAUAUUUAAUAAUAUAUUAAUGUGUUCUAUAAAAGAGUACCUAUAACAUAAAUAGAUCUGCCCGUCCCUUAGAAAUUGACGUAAAACAACCAUAUUUAUUGUUUAUACGUAAUAAUUAUUAUAAUAAUAUAGGUAUUUAUAAAUUAUAACUACUUAAUAAUAGCCAUAACUUACAGAUUAGGUUAUUAGGUUACCUACCCAUAAUACCUACUAUUAUUUCAUAAUAAUAUAUACUAUUAUAAUAUAGUUGUAUACUUUUAUUGCUGCGGUAUUAUCGAAUUUUAGGGGAAACGAUACUAUUUCUUUUUUCUAUUGUUCCAUCGUCAUCAUCUCUUACCCGCUUCUCAAUGACUGUGAUUUCGAAAUUGUUUAUGGAUGUUCAUUAUGUCAUUCUAACACCAAAUUUACCACGACACAUCAGUACAACGCAAUAUGACUAUCGAUCACACAAAUACCUAGGUACCAAAUAUUAUGAAUAUAGCCUAUAAGAGUCUAAGGUAUCUCAUAUACUUAAACUGUAUUAUAAAUAGGUAGGUACCUCUAUUGCUGUGUUUCUCUCGAACGUUGUAGAACAUGUAGAUACAUAUACUUGGCUUAGUCAAUGCCCAAUGGCCAAUACACCAACUACUAAGUGAUUUUACGAUAUGCACCAGUCUAACUCCUCAAAUAUAGUAUUAUAUAAAUAGGUCAAGUCAUAUGCAUGUAUUGUAAUUGUAAAAGAAAAAAUAUUGAAAAAAUUGUUUUGCUAAAAUCGAUUAAAAUAACGGAAAUAAUAAUAAAAAAAAAACUAAUAACUUUCCAUAUCAAGUGUUAUUUCGUUAUGUUUUUUACCUACCUAUCUAUGGCUGCCUUUAUUAUUACACUGCAUAUUAUAUUAAAAUAUAAGCACGCUAUAAAAUGGUCUAGCUCAUGAUUUGGUCCCCAGCACAAAUGGACGUUGUACAAUCAUUUUUUCUUAAUUUCUAUUCAAAACAGAUUAAUAGGUAUACAAUUAUUAAAUUAUAAUAAUAUCAAUUUUAAAACUUAAUAUUAGGUAACUUCAUUUUCCAGGUACAUGUACCAAAAUGUUUAUACUUACGCCUAACUAUUUUUCUAAGUCCUGCAAUCUCUUAAACAUGAUUAUACAAUCGAUGCUUAUAAUUUUUGAAGUAAAUACAAUUAUACUUAGAUAUUACAAUAAGAAUAAAAAUAAUAAAUUCACUAUUAAAUAAAUACAUAACGAUAUUCUAUAUUUUCAUGUUGUUAAGCCUACAUAUCAAAAAAAAAAAAUUCAGACUGGGUGGGCUAGAUCAAAUACUCAUUAUAGGUAGAUCGGUAUUAAUGUAUUAUAAUAAAACUCACCUCAAUAAUCAUUACAUUAAUAUAAUUAUAAUAUUAAUAAUCGGCGAUAAUGCGAAUUGGGAAUUACCUGCUUUUUAUUUUCAAGUGUGCAGACAUUUUUAUUAAUAUUACGGUACAUCGGUAGGUAACAAUGUUAAUAUAGGUACAGCAAAUUCCUGUAAAACCUCAUAAUUCAUAAAUAAUUAUAUACCUAUUUGCAGUAGCCACCUAUUUCUUUCAUAAAAUUGACAAACAACGAUUUAAAAACGAUACUUUAUAAAUUAGCAUGAUCUAUUCAAAUGACGAUUGCAUUAUACGUUUUUAAAUAUAAUUUUACGUUGUUUUUAUUAUUAUUAUUAUUCCCAAAGACGUUUUAUUAGGCGAGUUUCCGACAAAAUUAUUAGUUCAUGCCCACUUACAAGCCAAUGUUUAUUAUUUAUUGACUAUUUUGAAAUCAAGGUGAUAUGAAUUAUAUACAUUGAGGAAUCUUAAUGGCAUUCCUAAACGUAAAUUCUCUAAAGAACGUGAUUUACCAAAGAAAUUUCCUAAUAAUUAUUAUAACUAAUUUAUUUUAUAUACAACACAUAGUAAAGUAAAUUAUCUACAAGCGCCUACACUAUCUUUUUAUUGUUCUACUAAAAAUCAUUAUAUCAAGCAUUUAGUUAAAAAUAUCAAGACGUAGCAAAUUAAAACAACCUUGGACUAUUUUUAAAUCUGUAUGAAAUAAUUUACUUCUUAAAUUUCAAAUGUUAACUCAUCUGAAUCUACAUUUUUAAUUAACUGUUACCUAUGACGUCCAAAAGCCAAAAAUGUAUUAGUGGCGAUCCACGUGUAAUAAUAACUAUACGAAAAAAAUUAAAGAAUUUACAGUCGUUUUCUUGUUGAGUGUGUUGUAAGUUAAUUUAGAUAAUAAAAUUUUAUAUUAAUCUAUCUAGUCAUUUGUUAUUUUUUUAUUUUUACUGUAAUUUGAAAAAUGUAUCAAUUUCUAAGAAAUUAAUUCAU